UGAUUCGCCAUUGACCAGUAAAAACAAAUUGCAGUAGAAGGGAUUUUCGCACCUAAUCCGCUGUUCUUUCUCUAAAGUUCCAUGACUCAUUAAGACUUUUGGCUUCUCUAUUAUUAUAGUUAAUCCUGGCUGAUUAAUUUGUUUUGGUAAAUGGUUUAGUUUCAGAGUAAGCGUUCGUGGCACGGAGUCCCCAAAGGGGCGUGACGUGCAGAGCGGCCGGAGACGCUCGUCGGCGGGGAGAGAGGCGAUAGAGGGCGAGGGGAGGGAGGAGGAACUGGGGUGGAAAAAAAAUUACACUAAAAUGGCUUCCUUUUCUCUGGAGGAAGGAGUACAAACAGAGAACAGCCCGGAGAAGUUGUCUCCGGAGUCCGGGAAGCUGAAAGAAGAGAAGGCGGAGGUUGACGAUGUUUCGGAGCAGCUGCUGCAAACUUUCCAGAGUUCGGCGCUCGGCUUCUCCACGGAGCAAGUGGCGUGUGUCUGCGAGGCGCUGCUGCAGGCGGGCAAUGUGGAGCGCCUGGGUCGGUUCCUCUCCACCAUCCCAUCGUCGGCCGACCUGCUACGUGGCAACGAGACCCUGCUGAAGGCCCAGGCGCUGGUCGCCUUCCACCGGGAGGAAUUCAAAGAGCUGUACGCCAUACUGGAAAGCCGCGACUUCCACCCGAGCAACCAUGGGUUCCUGCAGGACCUGUACUUGCGGGCGCGCUACAAAGAGGCGGAGAGGUCCCGGGGUCGCAGCCUGGGAGCCGUGGACAAGUACAGGCUGCGGAAGAAGUUCCCGCUGCCCAAGACGAUAUGGGACGGAGAGGAGACGGUGUACUGUUUCAAGGAGAAGUCCCGCAACGCCCUGAAGGAGUGCUACACCGGCAACAGGUACCCGACUCCGGACGAGAAGCGGCACUUGGCCAAGAUCACCGGGCUCUCGCUCACCCAGGUCAGCAACUGGUUCAAGAACCGCCGGCAGAGAGACAGGACCCCGUCCGGCACCAACAGCAAAAGUGAGUCUGAUGGCAAUCACAGCACAGAGGAUGAGUCUAGUAGGUGUGGUCUUGACGACAUUGCCGUAACAUCCAUGUCUCAGGAAGACCCUGGCUGCCAGACCGCAUCAGUCAUAUCAAUCUCUAGUGCCCCCUGCAGCACAGGAGGCCAGUUACUUCUCAAUGGCACAGGGAGCUUCAUCACUGCCCCACAUCCACUGCUCCUCAAUGGAAGUUCCCUGCUCUCGGGAACCGGAGGCGGGGUCAUCAUUAAUGGGCUGACACUGGGAGACGGCCACACCAUCACCCUGAGCUCGGUUGCUACCAACUCCUCUCUUCUUCUUAACGGGGCUCAGGUUAUCUCCAAACCGUCUGCCUGUGUGGAUUUGGGCCUGGAGGAGGCGACAGUUAACCCGCUGCAAGCGCAGGCCAGUCUGCCUACCAUCGUACUCAACAGUAGCAACAGUUCCAGCACAACCAUCUCCCUCCCACUGCCUCCCGAUGGCAAGGCGGCUGAAGCCGGUGCCGCUCCUUCCACCGUAGACUUCAUCAGCUCCCUUCCCAUUCAGGAAGGCCUGAAAGUAGAAGACACUCAAGCCUUAUCCCCAAAUUCCUUGUCCCCCUCCUCUUCCUCCUCCUCUUCCAGCCUGUCCUCCCCUAGCUCUCUCCCUCCCCUGGUUUUUGCCCAGAAAUGUAAACUCCCUGAAGUUCAAUCCAUCCAAAGCACUGUGUCCCAACCAGGCCUAAUCCACUCCAGUCAGGUGGUCCCUCUCUCCACCCAGCAGGCAGAAAUCGUGGUGCUUGCUACCACUGGCUCCCAGCUGACCUCCAGUGGUCAGGUCUGUCAGGUGGUGUCGUCCACGUCGGCCUCUUCGUCCCCACAGGUGCUCUCCCUGCCCCAGGUGGUCCCGUCGAUCCAGGGCAUCCCCGUGUCACAGCUGGUGCAGCACGCCGGCCCCCAGGUCUCCCCCUGUCCGCAGCUGGUCCCAGUAUCUCCCCUCUCCUCCCAGCUCCCCCAAGCUUCUAUUCCCAGUUUCCCAGCUCAGACAUUUCACAUCAGCUCCAGUCUCGCGCAGCCCCAGCAGCCGGGCGGUUCCCCUGCACUCGGUGACGGUGGCGUCACCAUCCCACUGACGGCCACUCAGCCGGGUCUGACCCUCCAGCUGGGUGACCAGGUGGCCUCCACGUCCGCACUCCCCCACGCACAGGCCCUCCAGAUGCCUGGCGCCCAAGUGAUCCCCAUAUCCUCACCCACGCAAGUCGUCCCCAUCUCCCAACCAGGGCUGACCGCUACAUCCCAGCUCCUUUCGUUGCCCCAGCUCCUCCCCGUGACGUCCAUGGCCGCAGUUACCCCAGGACCCCUUUCCUUCUCACAGGUGGUCCCUACUGCCCCCUCCCUCUCGCUCUCCUCCCCGGGAGGCACCAUUCAGAUCCUCGCCUCCAGCACUGGCGCAGGUGCGGGCAUCACCCAGGGAACCUUUAGAGUUGGCCAGCAGCUGCAGAGCCUGUCAGCCCCAGCCAGUGGUGCUGCUGGGGUCCAGCUGCUGAGUUCUGGAGUAUUUCAGCUCCCCAAAACUCCUCCAGCUGGGAACCUCCUCCUAACUGGUGGUAUGACUGGAAACCCCAUCCUGACCGGCUUGAGCAUCCAGCAGGGGAAACUGAUCCUGACGUUACCUGCUGGCGUUCAGCUCGCCAACCUGCCUGCCAAAGCUGCCCCAGAGUGCCUCACGCCCACCAACGGGGGCAUCACACUUGCGCCCAUCAUCUCCCUCGCUCCCACCACCCCCUCAUCCACCAGCUGCUUCGAGUCUCCGGACGGCCCGCUAAGUUUAGUUGGCUCCUCUGCGCUCUACUCCGGCCCAGACCAGGGUUCCUCGGCUGCCUUGGCCCCGGAGGUCACUGCGCACAGCCCGGCCAGCGGCGUCACCCCCCCGCAGCCCCCCGGCAUGCCCACCACCUCCGAGCUGCCUCCGUCCACCUGGAGCCCCGUGUCCCUCUCUGCGUCCACAGGCCUGACUCUGUUUGACGUCCGGGGGAAGGGGGACCUACCCGAGGAUUCGGCUCUGCUCGCCCUUCCCGGGGGCGAGGGCCUUCUUCUCCACACCCCAUCUCCUGAGCAGGAGGCGGGAGGUACGUCACAACUGGAUGACCCAGAGGACAUGGACCAGGACCCCAAAAUCCUAACACAGCUCCAGUCCGUACCCGUGGACGAGGAUCUAGGUUUGUAAUGAGCGUGUCGUAACCAGGGUCUUCUCCAUUGGAUCUGUACACUUCCAGACCUGAAACAUUCCCAGGUUCACCGUCACCGUGUUAAAGGGAUCUUCUGCUGGCCACGUGAUCUGCCAUCUUGGAUGGCAAACUUCUGCACCCGCAGUGUCCAGAUAAUGGUCAGAACGGAGCCCUUUCAUGUGGGGCUUGAGAUGGAGGAUGACCAUUGGCUGGAGAGCGUGUGCUGCCCCCUAGCUGUGGAGCUAUCGCCAUUGGACAGGGCCUCAGGAACUCAGUUUCCCAGCUAAGCGCAAACAUCCGUGGGGAAAAUCCGGCCCUCCGUCAGCAUGCUUUAGUGAUGACAUCACACAGUGCCUCUUGGUGGUCGCCGAGCCAGCGUGAUGAUCUCUGCCCCGGAAAGGUCUUGUAAAGAAAAGCACUGUCAGCAUUGCCACGGUAACCAAGACAUUAACAUGUAAAAGUAUUUUACAUAAUAAUAAAAAAAACACAGAUUAUUGUAUUAAUGCUGAUAGUCCAUGUAUAGGUUUGCAAACGUAUACAAAUGUAUUCUAUUUGGAUCUUAUUUUAUUAUGCAAAGAAAGUUAUAAAACAUAUAUUAAGCAUAUUGACUGCUAAUUAAGUUGAUUAAAUAUUCAGUGUUAGACACAUAAUUUGCAUGAAUGAAUUGUGUGCGUUACAUAAUGAAAUAAGAUCCAGUAGGAUGACAGAGAGAGAUGUAUCAAUGCCUUUUAGGGCUGUCCGCACAAGAUAGGUGGGAGUUGGUGUUUAAUGUCUUGUAUGCAGUGGUGUCGACAGUAUAAGCACACAAGCACGAAGUAGACUGACUUAUCUUACGAUCUUCCUCUAUGCCCAAGUGCUUUUAACUCUUAAGUUCCCCAGCCUCAAGGAGCACCACACUACAAACUAAAGGCCACUCUAAGCUGGUUUUCCAAAUGUUUAAUCGGCCAUUGGACACAUUUGCUGACAUACUGACUUAAUUUCUCAAGUCUUUCUGUUAACACUAAUAUUUAACAGUUGUGAGAGCAUCCCCACAUAACUCGGUUUAGACGUCAUUAUUGCCACUUCAUUUAGUCCUUCGCACACUGACUAGAAAUGUUGACUGACUCUUUAAGCUGCCAUAUUGGUCUCUAACAAGGUGAACAUGGGCAGUGUGUUUUUAAUGCUUUACAUGUCUGUCAUGAUUUGGUUAUGAGUUUAAAUUUCAGUUCAAGAAGUCUUAGACUGCAUCACGGUGCUGGUUGUACUUAAAAUGUGAUAACGUCACCGGAAAUUUACAUUAGAGGCUGUGCUAUCUCCUGCUGGGUUUGCAUGUUGGUACAUUUGGGAUCUUAAUUCUGUAAAUUUUAUUGACAUGGUCAAAAAAGGUCAGGCAAACAAGAACACUUUAACUGAUAAACUAUUUUUUUGUUACACUAUGCAAUCAAACACUUCAGAUUUAGUUUUUUUUAAUCAUCUUUAUUUAUGUGUGUGUGUGUGUAUGUAUAUAUAAAAAUAAAUAUAGCAUUACUUUCCAAUUACUUUAUUUGUAAAAUUUAAACCGAAGUAGCAUGCAUCAUUUUGUCUUGACUGUUCUGCUUGUGGGUUGUUGCAGUUUUUUUUUUUUUAAUGUUUAGUCUUUUAUUUUUUAGUUGGGAGUGAUUAGCAUUUUGUUUCUGUAAAGGUAUGUUUUCAGACUUCAACAUUCAUAUGUGAUAUCUGCUUUGGAAACCUGAAAUAACCCUUAUGAAAUUCCUUAAAAGAUGACUCCAUUCUGUUGGGGCUGCCACCCGAAAUGUUGAUGCUGAGGUACAAUUUUACAUUAAUUUUGUGAAAAUGAUUAUAUGUUCUCCGCCCCUGGCAGUCUGGGUUUCUGCAGGAUAUUUUUUCCCCUGUAAUGGUACCUCUAAUCACUGUAAUCCAGGCUAUUGUAGUAAUAAUAAUCACUGAGGAUCUCAUGAUUUAAUAAUGUUAUAAUUGUUUUAUUGAUGAGCAGAAACACUCUACAGAUAGUGCCUCAGAGUGGAGUUAGCAUUGAUUGUUGUUACAGGUGGUCUUUCUGCCAAAUUUUACACAGGCAGGGCACCGAGAUUCCAGUUCAUGAAGGCUCGUCUGGAAGACCGUAGAGUGAUUGUGUAGCAGUUCACAGGUUGUGGAGGACACUUUCUUUCUGUUGAAGUUACACUUAAAUCAUGUUCUUGGAGCUAAAAUGUAUGUUUUAUAUACUUAUAAAAGGCUUCGGUUGAACGUUACCGUUUGCGUUUAUAGGGAUUAUUUUUCCUGGCUGUUCGGCAGAGAUUUGUGUUGAGACUAAGGGACAGUUGCACUGACCCUCCUGAACAAGAAGCUGGUGUGUGAUUAAUUCUGUGUCAUCUCUGCUGCUGUCAUUGUUCUCUUGUGCAGAUUAUAUUCUGGCUAGAUUUCUGCUUGCCUUAACAUCUUGCAUUCUCAGAGGUACACUUGAUCUGACAUUCUCUCUUGUAGUUGUCCAUACGUUAAAAAAAUCCGUUUUGUCUUUUUAAAUUUAUUUUUUAACCAUUUUAUGGGUCAGUAGCUCUGUGAGGGACGUCUUUUCUGAGUUGCUUUGAGAAAGUAACUUUCCAUGAACUCUUGCACUUGACUGAACCUUUCCCUCCCAAUCAGUAUGAAAUUUUGAUUGAAUGCAUGGAAGUUUCCGCUGUUUUUGUAGUGUGUGGUUUUUAUUUUUUUUGUGGUUUUAAACAUUUCAAAUGAAUCACUUGUAAAUUACUGGCCUGGACAUGGAAAAUGAGUUCUCUGCAUUUCAGAGAAUCAGUUACCUGGCCUUCAGGUUGAAGGGGAUUCAUCCUUAUUGUCUGUCUGUGCACCAUCUCUGCACCAUGAUGAUGUCACAUAAUACUCUAGUAGUGGGGUGUAAAGGCUGUGGUGCAGUUUGAAUCAUGCCGUUGAUUAUAAAUGAUCUGGAUUGAGUUGGACAGAGAAAGUGAGUUUUUAAAGUCCUAAUGAAUGAUCUACUUCAACCAGUACUUGGUUUCAGUUGUGAUAUCGCUGUCAGAUUUUAAUUUGGGACAAAAAUUUGGAGGGAGUUGCACAGAAGGAUGAACCUAAGAGAUCUAUUUUUGCUACACUGUCGACUGACAUAAAUCAGCUCGGAGAGCAUUUGUCUGGCUGUUGGUCGCUCUUGUAGCUCUGCCAGUGUGACUGUGCCUGCAGCUGAGCUCUUCCACUGCAUCUGAGCUCUUCCACUGCAUCUGAGCUCUUCCACUGCAUCCUCGGAAUUGGCCUCCGCUUUGGAAGUACGACAAUCCCUCAGGAUGAUCUCUGACUAAAAGUAGGCGCUCGAUAGAAAGUACACCUAUUCUGUUAAACUAACUUUAAGCAUUUAUUUUGUAUGCACGCAUAUAUAAAUAUAUAUUCUAAAUAGGACUUAAAGUUUUUUAGGAAUUCUUUACCAAAGGUUUGUAUUCUGUGAAUUGUGUAUUUUAUUAUUAUUAUUUUUUUUAAACUUGUAUUGGUGUUCUGGUGUGUUUUUGUGUGGGGGGUUGUCUGCUAUGUCCUGUACAAACAUUGUGUUUAAGCUGUGCACACUAUUUGUAGAUCAAGGGAAUACAUGUGACUGUCUGUCUGUCUCUCCGUGUGCGUUGGGGGGGACAUUCUCCCAAUGGUGAAAGCUGUUACAGUUAAAUGUACCUUCCUGUCAUGUUUUUACACGCGAUGUCAUUGGUGCGCUUGUGCUCCCCGAUCCUCUGGUUUCAUUGGUGUUUCUUUGGAUUACCUCUGCUCCCACUUCCCCACCACACAUCCGCAAACACAGCCGUUGUAACCAAAGCUUUAGUAAAGGGAUGUAUUUAAACAGAAUUGGUUUCAAGGUGGAGAACACCUCUUUUUUUAAUACAUUUUUGUACUUAAAGGUAUUAUUUUUAUAAACCAUUUAAUUGAUAUUGUAAUAAACAUUUAAAAUGAAA